ACGCUCUCUCUCUCUCUCUCUCUACAUUCAUAUCCCACCACCACCACCACCACCACCACUACCAUCCCCCACGCCGCCUCCAACCAUACGGACACGUUUCAUACCUUCUGCCGUUGGCAUCAUAAUCAUAUCAACGUCCGGCAAAUCUUGCUCUAAUUUCCAUUUUCUUAAUUACUUUAACCUUUUAGUUGCUGCUGUCAAUUCUGAUGCGAAACCGAUGUGAGUAUUAUUAAUUAUUCAAAUUGGAAAUGAUCGAGGCUAGUUAGAGCGAAUUGCGCUAUGUGAUUGCUUUGAAUUGGAACCAUGGAUGCUUAGGGGUACCGUUUCUCGAUUUUUGGGGUUUUAUAGAUGAUAAUUACCUAAAUUGGGGGCUUACUAAAUGGAAGCCAGAAUUGGAAGUGAAGCUCAGCUUUAUUACGGUCUGCCUUCCACGGAUUUGAGGACAGUGGGGAAGAGACGCAUGGAAUGGGAUCCCAACGAUUGGAAAUGGGAUGGGCAUCUAUUCGUUGCUUCUCGACUCAAUCCCAAUCCUUCUAAUUACCAGGGCAGGCAGUUUUUUCCACUUGAAAGUGGAAUUACUACAACUAGGAAUUCUUCUAACAGCUCCUCCUCUUGCUCCGAAGAUUUAAAUCAAGGGGCUGAGAAAGAAAAGAGGGAAUUGGAGAAGAGGAGGAAACUUGUCGUAGUUGAAGAUGAUAAUUUGGCAGAUGAGGGCGGCAAUCUUAUGCUAAAUCUUGGGGGACAAGGCUAUCCAAUGAUAGAAAGGAACACAGGGAAUGGGGAUGGAACUUCCGGGAAGAAGACUAAGUUGGCUGGAGCUGCCACAAAUCGUGCAGUUUGCCAGGUUGAGGACUGCAAGGCUGAUCUGAGUAAGGCUAAAAAUUAUCACAGACGGCAUAAGGUUUGUGAGAUGCAUUCGAAGGCUACUAGGGCACUUGUUGGGAAUCAAAUGCAACGAUUCUGCCAGCAGUGUAGCAGGUUUCAUGCACUUCAAGAGUUUGAUGAAGGAAAACGCAGUUGCCGUCGACGUUUAGCCGGCCACAACAAAAGGAGGAGGAAAUCUCAAUCUGACAAUGUUAACAAUAACAAUCCCUUGAAUGAUAACCAGGCGAGUGGUUAUCUAUUGAUGACCUUACUGAAGAUACUCUCCAAUAUGCAUUCCAAUGGAUCAAACCAUAAAGAUGAUCAGGACAUGAUUUCUCAUCUUCUACACAGCCUUGCUAGCCAGAAAUCUUUGCAUGGGGAAACAAGCAUCUCUGGAUGUCCGAAGGAAUCUCAGGACUUGCUGAACUAUCUCCCUUCUUUAGGAAAUUCAGAAUUCUUGCAUGCCUUGCUCUCGAACAGUUCUCAAGGCCAGAGACCUGGAGAACAGGUUAGUACAAUUCCUGUCGAUGAAAUGCUGACAAAGGAUGGGAAUCUACAAGCCACAAAUUCUCAAAGACCAGGUGUUAUGCUCUCCAACCAUGGUAGUUCUCCAGUUGAUGCAGAAGGCGUGGUCUGUUCUGCUGGGAGAAGCAAACUGAAUAAUUUUGAUUUGAAUGAUGUUUAUGUUGAUACUGAUGAUGGCAUGGAGGUUGUAGAAAGAUCACACAUCCCUGUGGAUCUGGGGACCGAUUCCAUUGAGUUUCCUUCAUGGGUGCAAGAAUCACAUCAGUCAAGUCCUCCUCAGACCAGUGGAAAUUCAGAUUCAGGAUCUGCCCAGUCUCCUUCCAGUUCCAAUGGGGAUGCCCAGAGCCGAACAGAUCGCAUUGUUUUCAAACUGUUUGGAAAGGAACCCAGUGAUUUUCCCAUCAUUUUACGAACACAGAUAUUCGAUUGGUUAUCCCACAGUCCUACGGACAUGGAGAGCUAUAUAAGGCCUGGUUGUAUCAUUUUAACGAUAUAUCUUCGUCUAUCUGAGUCUGCAUGGGAGGAGCUCUGUUGUGAUUUGGCCUCCAAUUUGAGUAGACUCCUGGAUUUCUGUCACGAUGUCACUUUCUGGAGUACAGGAUGGAUUUAUGUCAGGGUGCAGAAUCAAAUAGCAUUUAUAUACAAUGGUCAGGUUGUUGUGGACACGUCUUUACCUUUCAAGAGUAGUAAUUAUAGUACAAUUCUGAGUGUUAAACCUAUUGCUAUUACAUCAUCUGAGAGAGCUCAGUUUGUUGUUAAAGGCUUUAAUUUAUCUAGACCCUCCACGAGGAUACUCUGCUCGCUAGAAGGUAAUUAUCUGGAAGCUAACAGUGAGUUAGUGGAACACGAAGGUGACUUAGAGAGGCAUGAUGUUCAACAUGUGAACUUUGCCUGUUCAAUUCCUGCUGUUAAUGGAAGAGGAUUCAUCGAGGUUGAAGAUCAUUGUCUUGGCAGAAGCUUCUUUCCUUUCUUAGUUGCUGAGGACAAUGUUUGCUCUGAGAUGCGUAUGCUUGAAAGAGAAAUAGAGUUGACCGAGACAGAUGAUUUCCAGCUAGAAACUGCGAAAUUAGCAGCACGGAAAAAAGUCCUGGAUUUCAUACAUGAAAUGGGAUGGCUUCUCCAUAGAAAUAAUUUGAAGUCCAGAAUGGGGCGCUCAGAUCCUAAAUCAGACUGUUUUCCUUUUAAACGGUUCAAGUACCUCGUGGAGUUCUCUAUCGACCGUGAUUGGUGUGCUGUUUUAAAAAAACUUCUUGACAUUCUUUUCAAUGGAACGGUGGGUGCUGGAGACCAGCCUCUCUUGAAGUUUGCACUAAAUGAGAUGGGUCUCCUACACCGAGCUGUGCGGAGAAAUUCAAGAUCUCUGGUGGAGAUGCUGUUAAAAUAUGCCCCAGAAAGAGUAGCAGAAGAACUAAGUUUGCAAUACAACUCCCUUGUUGAGAGUGACGGGAGUUUCUUGUUUAGACCUGAUGUUGUGGGGCCUGCAGGUCUGACACCUCUUCACAUUGCAGCUGGUAGGGAUGGAUCUGAGGAUAUAUUGGAUGCUUUGACUUGUGAUCCGGGAAAGGUGGGAAUUGAAGCAUGGAAGAAUGCCCAUGACAGCCCAGGAUUCACGCCUGAAGAUUAUGCUCGACUGAGAGGACACUACUCUUACAUACACCUUGUUCAGAGGAAAAUUACCAAGAAAGUAUCUUCUGGGCAUGUGGUUGUUGACAUUCCUGAGACUUGUUCAGAUAGCGGUGUGAAGCAGAAGAAAAAUGAAGGGGCGACCACUGGUUUUGAGAUUGGAAUGUCCAAAGGAAGUGUUCCGCGUCCCUGUGGUAUUUGUAAUCAGGAAUUGGAUUACAGAAGCAUGAGUCGAACUUUGCGUUAUAAGCCUGCAAUGCUUUCAAUGGUGGCCAUAGCGGCUGUAUGUGUUUGUGUAGCUCUUCUUUUCAAAAGCUCGCCCGAAGUUCUGUACGUGUUCCGUCCGUUCAGGUGGGAGAUGUUGGAAUAUGGUUCCAGCUGAGAGCAACAUGAUAAUAAGUGAUUAAAGUUAAUAGGCCUAUAGUGAACUGUAGAGCUGAAACGUUUGCUGGACAGCUCAUUGGGUAUUGACCUAUUUGUUUAGAUUGUGAUUUUCUUUCUGGAUAAAUAUCAUGCCGGUGAUUGUUUAAAUGAAAUAAUUUACUUUGUGUUGAAUGCAGCAAUAGAACUUGGAUGGCGUUCUUUAUUUAAA